CUCCUCUGCUUCAUCUCUGUUCACACUUAAAUACAUAAUGCCUCAUCUUACUUCAACUUAUCUUGUGUUCGCAUAAAAUUCCAAUCCCAAUCCCAUUUCCAUUUCCCUGCUGCUGUUUCCUCAUUUGGAACUUUGUCAGAAACCUACAAAACACGAUGAACAAGCCAUUGAUCCCAAAAGUCUUGGAAUCCCACACGCCUCCCACUUUCUCUGACCCCUUCAAAGAGCUCAUUUCCAUUUCCCAAAUUGCUCUUCCCAUCAUCCUCACCGGCCUCCUCCUCUACUGUCGUUCCAUGAUCUCCAUGCUCUUCCUCGGCCGUCUCGGUGAGCUCAGCUUGGCCGGCGGCUCCCUAGCUGUUGGCUUUGCCAACAUUACUGGUUACUCCAUCCUCUCCGGCCUCGCGGUCGGCAUGGAACCCAUCUGCGGUCAGGCUUUCGGCGCCAAGAAAUUCACCCUUCUCGGCCUCUGCUUGCAGAGAACCAUUCUUCUUCUUCUCUUCGCCUCCAUCCCCAUCUCUCUGCUUUGGCUCUACAUGAAGCAGAUUCUGCUCUUGUGUGGCCAGCAUGAAGCCAUAGCCACACGAGCUCAAUCUUAUCUUCUUUAUUCGAUUCCUGAUCUUUUAGCUCAAUCUCUCUUGCACCCAUUACGUAUUUACCUCCGAACACAGUCCAUUACUCUGCCUCUCACCCUCUGUUCUGCUCUGGCCAUUCUUCUUCACAUACCCAUCAAUUUCUUCCUGGUUUCUCACCUUGGUCUGGGAAUCAAAGGCGUGGCUUUGAGUGGGGUUUGGACCAAUUUCAACCUCGUGGCUUCUUUGAUUAUGUACAUAAUUUUCUCAGGAACUCAUAAGAAAACAUGGGGUGGUUUCUCUUUCGAGUGUUUCACGCAGUGGAAGUCGCUAAUCGAGCUGGCGAUCCCAAGUUGCGUCUCAGUUUGCCUGGAAUGGUGGUGGUACGAGAUCAUGAUUUUGCUCUGUGGGCUGUUGGUGAACCCUAAAGCCACCGUGGCUUCCAUGGGGAUUUUGAUCCAAACAACUUCUCUUCUUUACAUUUUCCCAUCUUCCAUAAGCUUCAGUGUAUCCACCAGAGUCAGUAACAACCUUGGCGCUCAGAAUCCCUCAAAUGCAAAGCUCUCUGCCAUCGUAGGACUAUCUUGCAGCUUCAUCGUAGGGAUCUCAGCUCUUCUGUUUUCUGUGAUGGUAAGGAACGUUUGGGCUAGCAUGUUCACAAGCGAUAGAGAGAUUAUAAGCCUGACGGCCACGGUUUUACCGAUCAUAGGACUGUGUGAGCUAGGAAAUUGCCCACAAACAACAGGGUGUGGGGUCCUGAGAGGCAUUGCGAGCCCAAAAGUAGGUGCGACUAUAAACUUGGCUAGCUUUUAUCUGGUGGGAAUGCCUAUGGCGAUUUGGCUAGCUUUCUUUGCUGGGUUUGAUUUUGAAGGCUUAUGGCUUGGCCUAUUGGGUGCUCAGGGCACUUGUGCAGUGACUAUGUUGGUGAUUCUGAGUCGAACGGAUUGGUAUUCUGAGGCCGAGAGAUCUCAGAGAUUAACAGAAACAGGGGAAGCAGAGGAUGAAACAGAGAAGGAGGCACUGACACAAAAAGUGGAAAUCAGGGAAGAUUCUCAAACGUCGGAUGAUGAGAGGAACAGAAACAGUCAUGAGUUCUAAUUCUUAUUUUGUUAUUACAUUGGCAUACUCCAGCUGCCAAUUGCCUAUUCUAGUUUCAUUUAUGAUCAUAAUUUUAUUCUUCAUGGAUCAAAACUCCUCAGA